CUGAAAAUAUGCGGCAGCGCGAGUAGCGGCGGCGAGGUGUGCUGUUCCGCGGACAUGGAGGUGAGACUGCAGGCGAGGGCACGUGACAAACAUGAGAAAGCCACCAAAGAAACUCUUCAACGGCUGCACCAGGUCCUGUCGACGAGAGGGGGCAGAUUUCACAGUUUUUUCAAGGAUCUUCUGGCUACCAGCAAAAGAGUCUUCCACGCGAUGUUCAAGAAGACGUAUGGUACACUGUACGAGCAAAACGCGUCUGUGUUCACGGAUAUGUUCAAGGAACUGGAGAAUUACUACGCCAAUGGAACGGUGGAUCUGGACGAUGCCAUGGAUAAUUUCUUCAACAUCCUUUAUCAGAAGAUGUUCAUUGUUCUGAACAGCCAGUAUAAGUUCGACAAUAAGUAUUUAGAGUGCGUGAGGGAACACAUGAAGGAGAUGAGACCGUUCGGUGACGUCCCUCAGAAAUUGGGGGUGCAGAUCAAGAGGUCCUUCGUCGCAACGAGGGCUUUCCGCCAAGCUUUAACUGUGGCUGCGGAUGUCUUGAAAAAUAUGCAGUCGCUGAAACCGUCACCGGAUUGUGUAGCUGCACUCACCAGGAUGACAGUUUGUCCGUCGUGCAGCGGGAUCACGGGUAACGUGCUAGCGUGCGGCGACAUGUGCGCCAACGUGAUGAAGGGUUGCCUGGCUCAACAUGCGGCUCUGGACGCUGAAUGGAAUCACUUCGUCGAGGCCGUGGACAAAGUAGCGGAUCGUCUGUUGGGUCCCUUCAACAUCGAAAUGCUGGUACGGCCGAUUAACCUGAAAAUCUCCGAGGCGAUCAUGGUCUUUCAAGAGAACAGCCACGACGUCUCCCAAAGAGUGUUCACCGGAUGUGGUCGACCUGUGUUAGGUCGGCGAAGACGUCGCGAUAAUCGGGAAUUGGAACUCGAAUCGUUGAAUUUCGAUCAAGAGACACAAACCGACGAUCGACCAUCCACCGCUGCCAUAUUAGACAAACUGGUGAAAGAAACGCGGCAGAGGGUCAGAGAUUCGAGACAGUUCUGGGUGUAUUUGCCCUAUAAGCUUUGCAACGACGGCCUCGUCGUCGCUGCUAGCAACACCAAGGAAUGCUGGAACGGCACACACGUGGACGAAUACAUCUACCCGGUGUCGUCGAACGGCGAGACCCAAAUAUUGAAUCCGGAAGUACGUAGCUCCGGACCAAGACCAACCGUCGCCAGAGACCAGAUCUUCGCGUUAACGACCAUUACAAACAGACUGAAGUCCGCGUUCAACGGACAGAACGUCGAUUGGGUAGACACAGAAGAGACUGAAUGGAACGGUUCUGGAAGUGGUUCUGGGGACAGCAUAGACCAAGACCCGAUCACAGACGACGAGGACGGUUUCAAGGAAGGUUCCGGCUACGAGCCGAAGUCUUCACCACCUGAAAUCCCGAAGCAAUCGCCCCCGGCUGUUCAUCCGGAAGUUGUGCCUCCCAGAAUGGACGUGGAACAGAAGACGAGCUCCAGCAACAACAACAGCACGUCCAGCGUCGACAGUGGCGCGAGCAGACCGAAGAUGUCGCUUUCCCGCGCCCUCACGUCGUAUCUCGUGCCCAUAGUGGUGAUAUGGUUCGGUGGCUGCCUCACCGAGUGGCUGUGAUCAUGUGGUUCCCGUGGGACAGCGUG